AUGGCACUCACCAAAACCAAAAGGGAGACGUUAUGUGUCAUUUUUCUUAGCUUUUCUGUUUGUCUAUUAUUUAUGUUAUCCAACGUUGAUGGUCAGGGGACGCCCUAUGAAGUUCUAGAGAGCCACAACCUCCCAAUCGGUCUUCUUCCAAAGGGUGCUCUUGGAUACGAUUUGGACCCCAAUAGUGGUCAGUUUUCGUUUAAUCUAACCAAAGCUUGUAACAUUCAUUCAGGUGGCUUUAAGAUCAAAUAUAACCCCACAAUCACGGGUGUGAUUUCAACAAAUAACCUUGACAAACUAGAUGGCGUGAGGGUGAAAAUCGCAUUGUUUUGGAUUAAAAUUGAGUGGGUUAAAAGAAAUCAGGACAACCUCGAGUUCAAGAUUGGCAAUUUCGCCAAAAAAUCUUUCCCCGUUAGCGAUUUUACGUCGUCUCCUGAAUGUAGCUAG